AUGGUAUUUCAAGAUUGCAAAUAUAAUGUGGAUGAAGAAACUAAAAGACUACCUUCUUCGGUGAGUUAUUUCCCUUGUAUAGGCGAUGCAGAAGAAUUUUUUCGAGAUGGAAACGAUGAUGAAGCAAUAUUCAAUGAUGAUGAUGAGGUUCCGGCUAUUGACGAUAAGACGCUCUCCAAGAUUAGCACGUUGCAAGCCAAGUUAGAGCAGCUACAGCAUUUAAGGGAUACUAGGAAUUACAGUGGCUCAAGCAAUAAGUCGUUCAAAUUCUCAAGAUCUGUUUUGUACAACUUGGCUAAUGAGGUGUUUGGCUUUAAUGGGUGGUCAACGGAAUUGGUGCUGUGUUGCAUUCAAGAGAUUGAAGAAAAAACCAGCGAUACUGUUGAGCAACACUUUGUAGUGCCACCAGACCAAGGGGAAAAGGAAAAUGAAAAUGAAAAGGAAGAGGAUAAGGAAAAGGAACUGGUGCUGUUCAAAAAGAGGCGGUUUUCUGCAAGGUGUGUGUGCAUGGUGAGGAUCAUUCUACUCGAUGGUACUUCAACUGAAGGUAUCGGUAUUGGAACAGCAACAAACUUGCCACACAAGUACCAAUGCUAUAUCAAGUGCAAAAAGGAAGCAGUAACAGACGCAAUGAAAUGCGCAAUCAUUGGAUUGCGAGAUUUAUAUUUCGACUACGAACUGAGGCGACUAUGCCGGGAAAUUGAUUUUUGA